AUGUUCGUGGACAGCGCAUCGCGGUGGCAACGGGGGUACGGGAUGCGGGCAAAGAGCGACACCCUGAAGUUCGUGCAGUGGUUCCUCGCCGACAUGAACGGCAUGGGCACUCCGGGGUGUUUCCGCAUGGACAACGGCGGCGAGUUCACCGGCUCCGCGUUCACCUCGUUCUGCGACGCUGCUGGCAUUCGGCGCGAGUACACCGCCCCCGACACCCCCAAGCAAAACGCGGUGGUCGAGAGCGCCAUUUGGCGCGCCAUGAAGGGGGGCCACGCCGCUCGCCGCCACAUCCUCGCCAUGGGCCACGUCGACCACUCCUCCAUCCCCAACGUCGGCGUCAACGGACAUCGUCUGUGGCUCGUGUCGGCGCUUUGGGCAUCCGCCUGCUUCAACCGCUCCGCGACGAAGGCCAUCCUGGGCUGGAUGUCGCCGUUUAAGGCGUUCUUCGGCCGGAAGCCGCCCCUCACCGCCGUCCCUUUUUUCCAGGAGGGGAUGAUGCGCGUGAAGCGGGCCACGAAGGCGGACGUCCAAUCCGCGCGGUGCUUCCACCUGCACGGCGCCAACAAACACUCGACGUCUACCGCCGUCGUUCUUGGCGCUGACACCGGUCGCCCCGCCCUCACCAACAACGUCGUGUGGGUCAACCGCCGGGCAGGGGCGCCGGCGCCGGUGCCGGGCAUCGGGGGGGGGUUCUUCGGUCACCGCGGCGCCCUCGCCGGCCGCCGCCGUACCUGCGCCCGAUGCCGCACCGCCGCCGCCCCCGCCAUCAAGGACGUACACCUACAUCCCGCCUGCACCAGCGACCACCGCACCGCCGCAGCCCGCAUCCCCGCCGAUCUUCACAGGAUCCUCAGCCCCGUCGCCGAUCUCCGUCGCUCCAUCAUCAGCCCCACUGUCGACCGCAACAACGCCGCCCCGUUCGCCCCCGGGCCUGCCGCCCGUUCGCCCCCGGACCUGCCGCCGCCGCCGCCGCAGCCCACGGGCGCCGCCACCCCCGCUCCCCCGCACCCGCCGCUUUCGAAACGAGCCGUGAAGGGGUUGGGACGAAAGGGCACGAGGGUACACGGCCGCACGCGCGGCGAUGUAGUGCGAUUCAUGGAGAACAACAACAACCGCCGUCCGGUGGCGGCGCCUCUCUCCACCACCGUCUUGCCGGAUCAGAGUCUUGGAGGCCGUGGAAGCGGGGGCGCCCUGGGAGCUGGGGGACCCGUGGAUUCCGGUGGGGGGGGGAGACCGCAGAUGUUCGCAACGAUGUUCGCCACCCGCGAGGAUGUGGACGCCGCUCUUCGCGCCGAGCGCCCGUCCGACAAGAUGCCAGACCUUCCUCACAGCCUCGCCAGCGACCUCCGAGUGCCGAAAACGUUGAAGGAGGCCAUGCGGUCUCAACAUUCAGAGUUGUGAGAUGAUGCAUUCGGUCGAGAAUUUUUCGGUUUGUUGGAUGCAGGAACUUGUAGUCCGGUGUAGCAACCAGUAGAGAACGCGAUCAAUGGCAAGUGGGUCUUCAACUAUGAGGCAGACGAGUACGGAUGGCCGACGAAAUUCAAGGCAAGACUUGCAGCGCGGGGGGACAUGCAGAGGGCUUCGAUUGAUUUUGGAGAAUUGUUUGCAUCCACCGUAUCAGUGUCCAGUGUGCGCUUGUUGGCAGCACUAGCAUGCGAGCAGAAUCUUCACUUGUGCCAUUUCGAUACUCGGCAGGCUUUUGUGCAGUCUGAGCUUGAUGAGGAUGUUUUCAUGCGCUUACCGCAGGGGUGUGGUAGGUUAUCUGGCCUGAUCAUGAAGCUGUGCAAGAGUCUGUAUGGUUUCAAGCAGGCAUGACGACAUUGGCAUGCGCACCUGACG